AUGCCGUCUGCAUCUAAUCAUGGAACACCACGAAUGGUAAAUACUCCACUUUCAAGGCAUAUAAGUACGAAGAAAGUUGUUAAUUAUCAGUCGUUUAGAGUUGCACAUCAGAGAGUUAAUAUAGAUAUUGAUUUAGCCAGUAAUAGCAUUGAUGGGUUUACAGAAUUGACGGUCAUACCCACGUCGAACAAACUUAAAGUGAUCAAGUUAGAUUGUCGCGAGAUGGAAAUAAAGGAUGUUUUAAUUAAUGGAAGCAGGUCAUUGAAUUAUGUGCAUGACGAUAUGCUAUACAUCAACGACGGUGAGGAUUCCGAAGUGAUGGACUUGUAUUCCGAUGCGAUUAGUGUACAUCAGCACCACUUUAUACGAUCAAAGUUGGACUAUAUCUUCAAGCACGACGAAGAGUGCAAUACCCAGGAACUUAAAAUUCUUUUGCCAGACAAUAUGAAGUUUGAGUUGACUGAUAUUAAUUCGAUACAGACCCCGGGUGGGACGGCUACGCCUCUGCAUCUAAAAUCCAAGGGCACAGGAAGCGAGUAUUAUUACACGCCAAUACAGUUGAAAGUGGUUUACAAAGUCAAGAACCCGCAGAAUGGAGUGAAUUUUGUUACCAACGAAGACAUUGAAAAGAAGUUGUGGCAUGCAUAUACGACAAAUUCCAACUACAAUGUAUCGACGUCGUCGUGGGUGCCAUGCAUUGAUGAUUUAUCCAGUAGAUGUACAUGGUCGUUGGAAGUGAAUGUGCCCCGAACACUUAAGGACAUUGGAAACCCGCGAAUGAUUGGGUCGAAAGAAGCGGUGCAGUAUCAGAGAAGCAAGCGAUCAGGUGAUGAGAGCGAUGGAGAAGAGGAAGAUGGUAAUUACGACAUUGUUGUUGCAUGUGGAGAUUUCAACAACGUCAAGGAGACGCCACACCCAAUAGACAUGUCGAAGAAAGUUGUUUCGUGGUCAAUCUUCAAUCCAGUUUGUGCUCACCAUGUAGGCUGGGCUGUGGGAUGCUUUGAGAGUUUUGUUGUUUUUACCGGGCCCAAGGAGGAAGAUGAGGAGGAUACGGAAUUGAGAGGUGACGAUGUGAAUAAUGCAGUGACGAUUUAUUCACACCCAGAGGAUGUUGAGUGGGCGAAAAACACUACCGUAAUCACCAACAAGGCGAUGGAUUUCUUUCUGAAAGAGUAUGGGUCGUUCCCGUUUAGUUCUUAUGCAAUAGUGUUUGUGCGGUACCUGGUGUGCCAAACCAGUAAUUUUGCUGGGCUUUCGGUGAUGUCGUCCAAGUUGUUGUACCCACCGAACAUGAUUGAGCCCAUGUUUAGUGUGACUGAUGUGAUAUUGAAGAGUAUAGCCACGCAGUGGGCUGGUAUCAAUAUAUCACCGCAAACAUUCAACGAUAUGUGGUGUACAAUUGGUAUUGCAGGGUUUAUGGCGAUUUCGUUUAUCAAAAAGUUGAUGGGAGCUAACGAGUUUCGGUAUAGGCUUCGCAAACAAAUGGAUAAAGUGGUGGCAGAGGAUGUGGGAAGACAUGCAAUUGCCACCCCAAAAUUGAAGUACCCUGUUUGUGAAGUGGAUAUGGAGUUUGUGUGGUUGAAAUCGCCUAUUGUGUUGUUUAUUCUUGACAAUAGGAUGACAAAGACUGACAAGUCGUUUGGAUUGUCGCGGGUUUUGCCAAAGCUAUUUCUUCAGGCAAUGUCAGGAAGCUUGCCAAAUGGAACGUUGAGUACCGAGCAUUUCCGCUACGUGUGUGAAAAAGUGAAUCGAAACAAGUUGGAUGGGUUUUUCAAGCAGUGGGUGUUUGGCGCUGGUGCGCCUAUUUUCCGAAUCAGCCAAAGGUUUAACAAGAAGAAGGGGAUGAUUGAGAUGAACAUUCGCCAGGUGCAGCAUUAUGAGAGGAAGCCUAGGAAAUUGGAUAGUUGCGGUUUUAUUGAUGAUGCGAUUGCCUAUUUGGAUGAGGAGACGGUGCCCCCGCAACAACAUGUGUUUACUGGACCAAUGACAAUAAGAGUGCAUGAGUCUGAUGGGUCGCCGUAUGAACAUAUUGUUGAGUUGAAAGAGGCCAACACAAAGUUGGAUAUUCAAUACAAUUCGAAGUUUAGAAAGAUUAAGAAGAAGGAUGAAGGUGUUGAUCCUGGUAUUGCAUUUAAUCAAUUUGGUGAUGUGUUGGUUUCGGCUGCAGAGAUGCAAGAGUGGAAUUUGCGUGAUUGGGAUAAACGAGAUGAGGAGUCCUUGAGCAGUGAGCCAUUUGAAUGGAUAAGGGGCGAUGUGGAUUUUGAAUGGAUUGCACGAAUAGAUAUCAAACAGCCAGAUUUCAUGUUUGGAUCGCAGUUGGUGUAUGAUCGAGACAUUGAAGCACAGCUAGAGGCUGUGAGGUAUUUUGGUGAGUUGGAAAAGACUAAUGUUACGUACUGUACGGCGUUGACGCGGACGUUGAUGGAUGAGCGGUACUUUUAUGGGGUUCGGAUUGCUGCUGCCCAAGCUUUAGCUGAUUGCUGUAGUGAGGCAAACAAUUUUAUUGGUUUAGAGUACUUGCUCAAGGCCUUUGGUGAGUUGUAUUGUUUUGACGGGAGCUUUAUACCGAAAUCAAACGAUUUUAGUGAUUUUCGGGGGUUUAUGUUGCAACGGGCGUUUCCCAAGAUAUUGUGUGGCAUCAAAGAUAAUGAUGGGAGAGUUCCGAAACGGGUCCAGGAGUUGUUGCUUAAUCUAGUGAAGUAUAAUGACAAUUCGGGGAACGUGUUUGUUGAUAGUUUGUAUGUGAGCGAGUUGGUUGAGGCGUUGGUUAGCAGUACUGUGAGUGGGGGGAGAGACGAUGGGUUUGUGGAUAAAGUGGUGGGUGAGCUUUUUCGGCUUCAGAAGAUGGAUCGGUGGGUGGUGUCGUACCAGAACGUUAUUGAGGUGACGUGCAUACAACAGAGUAUUAGGAUGGCGUUGGCUGGUGUAAGGAAGGUGUCGCUUGAGGAAUUGUUGUAUAUGACAUUGGAUAAGUACCCCAUGGAGGCGCGGGUGGAGGCGUUUAGCGGGAUUUUGGGGUUGGGUGGGUUAAAGGAUAAGAGUGUGCUACAGUACUUUGUUAAGGUUUGUUUGUUGAACUUUGAACGUCCGUUGUAUAGGAGCAAGUUGGUGGAGGCGUUGGUUAGGGCCGUGUCGGAAGUUGCACUUCACGGGGUGUCGACUGUUGAUAAUACGGUUGGUGUCUCCCGUAUUAUUAUUGAUGAUGGUAAUGCCGCAAUGAAAUCAAAGAGAGACGAUAUAGCUCGGGCGAGUGUGAAGGGGGCAAUUGAAAUAUUGCGACGCGACUUUUCGGGUGACGAAGGGUUGCGAGAAACGAUGUGGGAAUUGCUUCAUACGUCAUUGGUUGGAUUGCAUGAGCGUCGCAGUAUCUUUUGUUUGUGUCGGGUAUUGUUUAAAGAGGUUGAUUCGUAUAUGGCUAAGGUACCGGUUCCAAGCAUGCCAGUUGAUGAAUACGUUCGGAAAAAGAUUGUCGCUAAAGUAGGAUAUCCGGGACAAGUAACGAUUAAACGAGAAGGAAGAUUCAAGAUACAGUUGGCUAGUCGGAAAGUCAAAGUGGAGCACAGGCCAUUGAAGAUAUCACUAAAGCCGGUUAGGCAGGAGAUUGUGCAUGUUGAUCCGGAUGUUCCUACAAGGGUUACAUUUAAGUUGCCCAGCCAUAGGAUAGCCGCGAGAAGAGUGGAGGUGGAUGGAACGGUAGUGACUAUUAAACUUGGACGUGAUAUGAAAUCAAAAUUAGAUUCGUUAGUUCAUCGGUAUGUGAGGAUAGAUACAAAGAGGAGAAAGAUAGAGGCAUCAAAGGUUCCAUUUAUUGAGGGGGGUAACACUUCCAAGGAGAAAGAGAGACGAAAAGUUUAUAUUCAUUUUGGUGGAAAUAUGGGUACGUAG